GCAGUGAUGACAGCUCCGCCCCCCGGCUCGAGGCUUUUGUAAAGGGUCACGUUGCGCUGCAGCAGUGAAACAGGAGACCGCUCAGCAUCCUCAGCACCCUCAGCACCCAGCUCACCUGCUCUCUCUGCAACACCCAUCACUAGUCACCAUGACUCACCAGUAUCCCGCACUGACUCCUCAGCAGAAGAAGGAGCUGCAGGACAUCGCUGAGAGGAUAGUAGCACCAGGAAAAGGCAUCCUUGCAGCUGAUGAAUCCACCGGCAGCAUGGGGAAACGUUUGAACCCCAUCGGGGUUGAGAACACAGAGGAGAACAGGCGCCGCUACCGGCAGCUGCUGUUCACAGCUGACCAGCGCAUUGACAACUGUAUCGGAGGGGUCAUCUUCUUCCAUGAAACCCUCUACCAGAACACAGACGAUGGCACUAACUUCGCCAAGCUCAUCCAAGACCGCGACAUUGUUGUUGGCAUCAAGGUGGACAAGGGUGUUGUGCCCCUCGCUGGAACAAAUGGAGAGACCACCACUCAGGGUCUGGACGGGCUGUCUGAGCGCUGUGCGCAGUACAAGAAGGACGGCGCAGACUUCGCCAAGUGGCGCUGUGUGCUGAAGAUCAGCGAAACCACGCCGUCUGAGCUGGCCAUCUUUGAGAAUGCUAAUGUUCUGGCACGAUAUGCCAGCAUCUGCCAGCAGAAUGGUAUUGUUCCUAUUGUGGAGCCUGAGAUCCUUCCUGAUGGAGACCAUGACCUGAAGCGUUGCCAGUACGUCAGUGAGAAGGUCCUAGCUGCAGUGUACAAGGCUCUGUCAGACCACCAUGUGUACCUGGAAGGGACACUGCUGAAACCCAACAUGGUCACAGCUGGACACUCCUGCCCCACCAAGUACAGCGGCGAGGAAAUCGCCAUGGCUACCGUCACCGCCCUGCGCCGCACCGUGCCUCCUGCUGUCACAGGAGUGACAUUCUUGUCAGGUGGCCAGUCCGAAGAAGAGGCCAGCGUGAACCUUAACGCCAUUAACAACUGUCCGCUCGCCAAGCCCUGGGCCCUGACUUUCUCCUACGGCCGCGCCCUGCAGGCCUCUGCCCUGAACGCAUGGAGAGGAGAGCUGACCAACGAGAAGGCCGCCACCGAGGAGUUCAUCAAACGUGCUGAGGCAAACAGUCUGGCUGCACUCGGCAAGUAUGAGUCUUCUGGAACUUGUGCUGCCGCAGGAAAAUCCCUCUACGUGGCUAAUCACGCCUACUAAACAUCUACCACAUUCAACUGUGGCCUAGUUAUAGUCUUAUAUCUGCUCUGCCAUUCCCCCUCACUCCUCUAUCAAUCACAGGCCUGCGCUGUCUACUGUACUUUAGAGUUGUCAGAGUUAUUGAAAUUACAUGAUUAGAUAUGUGUAUUUAAAAACAUAAUGUGAAACUACCAUACUAAAGGGAACAGGCUUGUUUUUUUCUCUAUUUAACCAAACAAAUCAAAACAGCUUUGAGACAAUUUAUGACUGAAAACAAUUUUGUGUCAUGUCAGAGAUAGGUAGUCAGAGGCUGCAAAGUAUUAACAAUAGAUCAAUAUAAUCAGUCAAUUCAAGCCUCUUCGUAACUGCUCCUGUCUCAACACCCAGUGCUGUGUCCGUUUCUCCCCCACAUGAUGAAUCUUGAGCCACUCCCAAGCAGGGAGGUGUGUGUGUUGGUGUUUCGGCUCAUCUUUAAAACGCUUUACUAGCAUCCUCCCCGACAGUGGGACCAGCCGAUUAUUAGUGGCAUCCGUUAGGGGACAAGAGGACAAGACAAACAGUGUGAAGACUUUUCAGAUUGAGUUGAUCUUUUGAGCGACUGUCCAAAAGUGUGGUGUGCUUAUUGUGCUUUCAGAAAGCCGUAGCUCCAGCAGAGGUCAGUAGACCCUUACCAGGAUUCAUCCUAAUGAUUCAUCCUAACCUUUCUGUUCACACGCUUCUAAUCACCACUAAUCACAGAAACAUCUUGUGUGUCUAAUCUCAGUAUAACAUUAUCUUUAAAUUACACACAGUAAUUAAUGUAUUCAGUUGUGUGAAGGUGUCGAUAUUAUGUGAUGCUUGUGUGUCAUUCCCCUCCCUCCCCCCAAGCCCGCCCCACAGGAAGAGAAGAUGGUUUCUAUUGACAUAAUGUGGACCAAUAUGUGGGGUUAGCAGCGGGGGAAACAGUCACUGCUGUGUUUGAAUACUGUGAUGUUUGUGAUGUUAAUAUUGUUCUUGAAGCACUUGGUGUGUCAAAUAGUGGAGAAAAAUAAACUAAAACAUUAAAAACUA